AUGUCUGCUUAUGAUCGACGUGGCAGUGAGUCUGGCGAAGGUUCUGAGAGCCGUCACUCUGUCGAUCUUUCUUCUGGGCAUGACAGCGCUACUGAUCGUGCUCAAGAUAGCGACUCUGGCUCGCAGAGCGAUAGAGAUGAUGGAUACCACUCGAUGACUCAAGAUGCAUACAACACUAUUCCUGAAGAUAUGGAUGAAGCAGACGACCCAGAACCUGGAAGGAGUGUUUUCUGGCAAGGCCUCGUCGACUUAGACGAACUACAAGAAGGUACUCAGAGAUUAUAUCCUGGUAAAUUCACAAACGGCACUAUUUUAGGUUGGCGAGGGAAUGGAUUUGGCUAUUCUGUGAUCGUCGGAUACGAGGUCAAUGGUAUAACAAUUGCUCGUGUCGAAGCAUUGAGAAGACGUGAACUCCCUGGAAAUGAAACCCAUAUACCCUCGACAUGCCGUGGCAAGAAGAAAAUGAAUCAGAACGAUUACUGGACACAAGGACAAGUCAGAUCCGUCGGCCUUGUGGCAUGGCGUGUAGAGGACGCAUAUAGAGACGAUCCUACUUCUGUUCUUCGACCCAUGAGAAAAGCUUGGUAUCCGGAAACCUAUAUCCAAAUCAUCUGGAGAGACGGUCUGUUUACCUGGGAGAAUCGUGACAAUUUUCGUCAUAUCCUUUGCAAGACCAAUAUUGAAGCGGAUAUCUUUAUUUACCGAAUCGCAAUAAGUCAGCAGGGCGACUACGAAUUUGCACUUACUGGGAGACGCCCUGAGUUCCCUGACGGUGGAAACAUGCAGAAUCUACACUGGAGGAAUACAAAUGCCCAUGGGAAUGCUCAUUGGCUAACUCCCCGAGCUAGGAAGGAAGCAAGGGUCGUAUCUCUGAAUGAAGAGCCAUCCGGGCAGUUUAACGAGCAUUCACAUCAAGCUCGCUACAGAUACAGUGGCAGAGCGACAAAUUGGAAUAAUCACUCCGAAGGUGACGGUGAUAAAUAUGACUACAAAGAUCAUCCGACGGAGACCAACGAGGAAAGUGGCGAAGACGUUGACAGCGAGGAUCCUGAAGAUGAUAUUCCGAAUGCUGAUGACAUUGAUGGAGAUAGUGAUGACAGUACACAGCAAACGCCUACACGCGGUUUACAAAGUUCUAUUUCACGUUCACGGAGACAUCAGGCAAGCAUAGAACAGGACACGCCAACAGCGGUAUACACACCAGCCAAUGGACCCAGAAGACGCCUAUCAUCAAUCGAAGAAGAAUUCGUCACGCCGCAAUCUCGGCCACAGCCACAAAGACAUCAGACUGCCUCAAGUCGGAGCCAGACACCACGGUCCAUAUUUAGCGCGUCGAGAGGAGGUUCAACCCCAAGGACACCAGCCGAACUAGAUAAUGGACUUGGCAGAAGCGGCAUCAAUGACCGAGGUGGAAGCCGACAGUCCAGCCAGUCGAUACCAGAACGAAACAAUUGGUCACGAAGAAGUCGAGAAGGUACAAGAUCCAGCUCAGCACGGGGCGAAAGACCGAACAGAAGUGGAAGGUCAACACCAAGGCCGCACACCGAUCCAAAAAGAGGCGGGUUAAAUGCCCGAUCUACCUGGCCAUUCAACAAUAUCAGGGCAAGCAGGUCUCCUGAUUCAUCUAGGGCACCGCAGGAGGUAUUCCGUGGUAGCACGCGGCUAUCGAAUUCCAAUAGAGGAAACUUAUCAAACAAGACUCCAGACUCCUCCCGAUCGAAGGGUAAGAAGUCGGAUAGCACCCUAAGCUCCUCUCGAUCAAAAGGAAAGGCGCGGGAGGAACAGAGGUCGGAUAGCACCCCGGACACCGCACGAUCAAAGGGCAAAGCCCAAGAGGAACAAAGGUCGGAUAGCACCCCAAGCUCCUCUCGAUCGAAGGGAAAGGCCCGGGAGGAACAAAGGUUGGAUAGCACCCCAAGCUCCUCUCGAUCGAAGGGAAAGGCCCGGGAGGAACAAAGGUCGGAUAGCACCCCAAGCUCCUCACGAUCAAAAGGAAAGGCCCGGGAGGAACAAAGGUCAGAUAGUACCCCGAGCUCCUCGAAGGGCAAGGCACGGGAGGACCAGAGGUCCGAUAGAACCCCGAGCUCCUCACGAUCAAAUGGAAAGGCCCGGGAGGAACAAAGGUCGGACAGCACCCCAAGCUCCUCACGAUCAAAUGGAAAGGCCCGGGAGGAGCAGAGGUCGGAUAGUACCCCAAGCUCCUCGAAGGGCAAGGCACGGGAGGAACAGAGGUCCGAUAGCACCCCAAGUUCCUUAAAGUCAAAAGUGCGAGGCCCAAUUGAUUCUCAUUCAAAGAGAAAUCAGUCAGCGGGAGCUAUCCCAGGCUCGUCAGGAUCCAAGAAACAAAAGAAGAAAGCCAAAGGCAAGCGUGGAAGUAAAUUUGCAGGAGACUUCCGUCGCCCAGCCACUCGCUCUAAAGGAGUAGAAUUCGCUUAG